CAGAUCGAACUCUUCGACUGACGGCAAAGGCAAUUUGGACGUUUGUCAACAGCCGAGUUGUACGGAAACCGCAAUUUUUACUAGAAAAUGGCUGCGGUUACGUAAACAAUGAGCCACAGGACAAAGAUCACCUUAUUGCCCACAUGUCUCCAGUAUAAGAAGGAAAACCUGCGUGUAUACGUGUGUGGUUUCAUUAAUUACUACUCAGACCGUGUAAUUGCCAAUUUUAUCGCUUAAUCAAAAACCGGCAAACGCAGCUGUAGAUACCGUUCAGCAUUUCAGCAAUUCUCUGCGUUUUAUUCUACCGUCAAAAUAUCCGGGAUGCAGCUCGUUAGUAUUCUGCCGCUAUUUCUCCUCAUCCAGGUGUACGGCCGCCACAUUGACCGCGGCGAGGGUGAUUACAGCGAUCCCAACGGGGUCAAAGCGGAAUACGAUCCCACAGUGAUCCCGGAGGACACCAUAAUACCCGACCAUGAGGCCGAGUUAGCCGAAUCCUUACCGGAGAACGAACCGGAACUUCCCGAUAGCUGUGAUGAUUUCCCGCCACCGUCGUGUAUUAAACAUUUCAGCGCCUUACCACCCAUUAUACAAAGGAGUCCGUUUGCGCUCCGAACGAGCGAAGAUUUUCGUCAAGUCUGCACGGCUUAUAAGCAAGCACUGCAGUGCUUCGGUGAUUACAUAGCCCGCUGUAAACCUGAUCAACCGGAAGCGCGCACGUUCAUUGACCAAAUGUCCGGAUUACUUAACCAGUGCGAGAAUCCGCAAAUUCAACAGGAUGCCCUGGCGGCGCUGGAUUGUGGCAAACGUAUGUCCAGUGUUCAUGAGCGCUGCAUGCGGGAAACGCGAUUUAUACCCCAACUGAAGACACUUUCGUCCGAGCGCCUAGUCCAGGGCGAAACCAAUUCCAUACGGGAUUUAUGCUGUGGUAUGCGCUAUCACAAAGCCUGUUUUAUGGACCAAGUACAAGAACGCUGUGGAUCAACGGCCUACGAAGCCACGCAAAGAUUAGAAGCAAUAAUUCUUCCGGCCUUCCAGUGCGAUUCUGUAUCAGAAUCUGAUUGCCCCAGCAUAAGGAGUUAACAGCCGGCGUCGACGAAUUUCUGCUUGAUAGAUUUGGUAAAGUUUUGCACAUCGCGGCUUGUCAAUCUGCGACAAAUUUCGUGAUCUGCGUACGAGCUGAACGCAAGCAACUUGCAAUUGGAGAUUACUAAGAAAUAAUCUGAUUAUCGUGGGAAUUCUUGAUCUACAGAUCGUAAUCAGCUGCGACACUUUAAAUUUGCUCAAAGCCGGCAGUUUAUUUUUGUAAUGCUCAACUGCGGUACGUAAUCGCAGUUGACAACUUCAAACAAAUAAAACAACAAAAACAGUA